AUGGCGCUGAAUUUGUUAUUGGUGAUGCUCGGUGUUGAUUCCCAUCACAUCGUCAUCAUUUUGGCUAUUUCUAAAUUCAAUCGAAUUUCCACUUUUGUCUGCCUAUCUAAUCUCAUAGUUGAGCAAAGUCUUAUAACGGAAAUGAGCACAACAGAGGCGAGUUCCGACACUAUGUCGAACGCAAACGCGUCUACAGAUGCAUCGGGAUCGAAAGGAGCAUUUAACAGAAUUCAGGCUUCGCCCGAUCAAGAGAAGUUUUUAUUCAAUUGUGACCAUCUGGUCGCGUUUUGCACACAGUUCGAGCAAAGCGAUAUUGCGGAUCAGACUGAUUCGGUUUUAGAGGUGAAGCUGGAGGACUUGGAGAAUCGUUGGAGACGAUUGCAGGAGACCUAUGAGGGUCUAAUGUUGUCACCACGGGCCUCUAAUACGAAGGAUUUCCGGGAAAAUGCAAAAAUUAAUUUUCAUGCCAGUUCUGAGGCAUAUUAUACCGCCAGGUCCCAGAUUCUGGAUAUACUCAGAAUAUCCGGUGGGUAUUCUCGUCAAAACACACGGCACAGUCUCGUUCCGGAAUAUAUACCCCAAAACCAAAAUGUGUCCCACAACUCGUCUCAAGAUAUUUCGAAUAUCUGCAUUAAAGUGCCACCCUGUGACACAGAGGUGUUUAAGGGCGGAUAUGAGCAAUGGCCCUCGUUUCGUGACAUGUUCACGGCCGUAUAUGUGAACCAUCCGAAAUUGACCCCAGCUCAGAAACUUUAUCAUUUGAGGAACAAGACUCAAGGGGGGGCAGGCGCAAUAGUUAAGAGAUUCCCUCUCUGCGACGAAAAUUUCAGUCUAGCGUGGAGCGCAUUAAAAUCCCGGUACGAGAACAAGCGUGUGCUGGUAGAUAAUCAGUUGAAAGUGCUGUUCAAUAUUCCUGUCGCAAUGGUAGAGAACAGUGAAUCUAUCCAAAAGAUUCAAUCCACAACCAACGAUUGCUUGUGUACCUUGAAGACACUCGGCGUGAAUAUUGAGAGUUGGGAUCCAUUGCUAAUUUACCUAGUGUCUACCAAGUUGCCUGACGAGACUCUGGCACUUUGGGAACAAUCCCUUAAAUCCCACCGCGAGUUGCCAACUUGGAGCCAACUCGAUGAGUUUUUGGUUAACCGAUUUGAAGUGGUCGAAAGAAUUCAUAGUAUAAAAUCCACUAAACAAGGAAAUACACCUCCUACCAAAAGUCCUGAGAAAAUUCAGACAUAUCAUUCACAGGAUAAACUCGACCAGUCUCCGUGCCCCCUAUGUGAUUCGAAACACAGCAUAAGAUCCUGUCAGAAAUUCCGGGAAUUCACUGCUCAACAACGAGUUGAUUUUGUUUAUGCAAACAAAAUAUGUGGCAACUGCCUAUCCUCAGCUCAUCUCAAAUCAAACUGUAGGAGUAAGAACAAGUGCAUUAUAUGCCACAAGACUCACCAUACCCUUCUUCACCUUAAAGGUAAACCACAUAAAGAUAGUGGCACGAUAACUGAGAAAUCAGAAACCGCCAGUGAAACUCGUCCUGCAUCUAACGAGGUAAGGACAAAUAUCUCGUCUCAAGCUGAGGCUCCCGCUAGUUCACAACGCUCCUGCUCUGUCCAGGCUAAUUUGGCUUCAAACAAUGACAUGAUUCUUCUAAGGACUGCAUUGAUCCAGAUUGCGCAUCAAGGAGAGCAUUUCACCAUAAGGGCUUUGAUCGAUCCAGGUUCUCAACGAACGUUCGUUUCUGAAAAAAUGCUAAACCGUUUACAAAUUCCAACUUCAAAAGCCCAUUUUCUGAUAACGGGUAUUGGCAAUCAAGAGCAAUCGUCCGAGAAAGAAUGUCAACUGACCAUUGUGUCAGAAAAGCAUGGUAUAGAGUUUGAAGUUUCUGCCAUUGUCUUACCUAAAGUCACAAAGCGAUUUCCUUCAGUUUCCUUUGAGAUCUCUAAUCCAUCUGAGCUUGAUGGGCUGGAUUUAGCAGACCCUUACUUUAACAGAUCAUCUCAAAUAGAUCUCAUUCUUGGAAACGACUCUGAACGUUUCAUAAAUCUAGAAGGUAUUAAAAAGAACAUUUGUGGCGAGACAUCAGCCUACAAUACCAUAUUCGGCUGGGUACUUAGUGGUCCAAUGCGGACCGAAACGUAUCACUCAUUCUCUACCAACGUAAUAGAAUCGGAGGAGGUUGCGAUCAGUCAACUCCUGAGAAGAUUCUGGGAACAAGAACAAGUUCCAACCUCUCAUCUCGGCUCUGAAUCGGAUUCAUAUUGUGAGGAACUAUUCGAAAGAACUACCACAAGGUCCACGGACGGACGCUAUAUUGUUCGGCUUCCAUUCAAAAAGGAAUUUCCUGGGUCCAUUCAUCUUGGUUCGUCCCGAUUUCUAGCUCUGGCUCAAUUUAACCGUAUGGGGAGAAAUCUCUCUAAGGAACCCGAUGUAGGAUCUCAAUACUGCUCUGUUUUGAAUGAGUACAUUUCCCUCGACCACGCGGAGGAAACUUCGUCACAGGAAAUUUCCGAGAGUGGAAAGUUCUUUUCAUUCUACUUACCCCACCACGCGGUAAUUCGUCCCGAACAUAGAACCACAAAAUUAAGGGUGGUUUUUAAUGCCUCUCGCAAGUCCAAGUCAGGCUAUUCGCUCAAUGAUGUGCUACACACUGGACCGGCUCUUCAAUCUGACUUGAUCUCCGUUAUUCUUAACUGGCGCAAAUAUCAGUAUGUGUUUUGUGGAGACAUACAGAAGAUGUAUCGUCAAGUCCUUAUACAUCCGCAAGACCGGCCUUAUCAGCGAAUACUCAUCCGCCCGGGCAUCAAUGACCCCGUAAGAGAUUUUCAAUUGAAAACGGUGACAUUCGGGAUAAAUUGUGCACCAUUCCUGGCCAUUCGCACUCUGCUCCAAUUAGCCUCCGAUACUGAAGACCAGUUUCCCAAAGUUGCGGAUAUUCUUAGAGGCGAGACAUAUGUGGAUGAUAUACUAUCCGGAGGAUUUUCAAUUGAUGAGGCUAUUGAUGCUCAGAAUGAUCUGAAGACAGUUCUAUCCAGUGCCGGUUUUCCUUUAAAGAAAAUUGCCGCAAACGAUUCCAGAUUGCUUUCUCAGGUGGCAAAGGAGGAUUUGCUUGAUUCUGAAUUUCUUCAGUUUGACGAGUCCAGUUCUACUAAGACUCUUGGCGUUAAGUGGAACGCAAUGAGCGAUAAAUUUUCUUAUUCCCUUGGAUCGAUCUCUCCAGACCGGACCACUACAAAAAGGAAAGUACUUUCAGCUGUUGCACAAUUAUUUGAUCCCGCGGGAUGGGUAGCCCCAAUUGUCAUUAGGUCUAAAGUGUUGAUGCAACAGCUUUGGCUGGAGGGGGUUAAUUGGGAUGAAACUCUCAGCACCGAAUCUCAGAAUAAAUGGGAUGCUCUUGUCUCUGAUCUGAGCCACAUCGACUCCAUUUCAAUCCCAAGAUGGCUACAAUAUAACCCUACUGACAUGGUGGAAAUCCACGGAUUUUGUGAUGCUUCACAAUCUGCUUUCUGUGCUUGUGUGUACGUGCGGUGCACAGCUUCAAAUUCUGUGGUUUGUACGAAUCUAUUGCUUGCAAAGAGCAGAGUUGCCCCCCUCAAGACUGUAAGUUUACCACGCUUAGAGUUAAAUGGAGCGUAUCUUUUGGCAGAACUUGUUAAUUACGUCGUAUCGACUUUUGACUUUCGAAUAGGUGGUAUUACCUUAUGGACGGAUUCCACUAUAGUGCUAGGCUGGCUAAUGAAACCACCAUGGACAUGGGAGACCUAUAUAGCGAAUCGGACGUCCAAGAUACACGAUCUUAUACCUGGUGGAACUUGGCGACAUGUUCCUACCCAUGAUAAUCCUGCAGACCUGGGAACUAGGGGAUGCAGGCCCCGCGAUCUGACUGAUAAUACGUUAUGGUUCAAUGGACCCACUUGGUUAAAGGAGGCACCGUCAGAAUGGCCAAACAGGAGCCCAUUGAUCAUCCCUGAGAUAGGAAAACGUCCUAAUGUUCGGGUCAUGCAUGAGGUCGUUGAGGACUCGGAUAUUUUGAUUCAAUUUUCUUCUUAUUCUCGGGCAUUGAGAGUUAUUUCCCACAUGUUUCGUUUUUACAAUAACUGCCUAAGUAGAUUCAGGGGUAAACCCAGGAACACAUCUCCAGUCCUCAUCCAUUCCGAAGCUUUAUUUACGAAAAAUCGAUUGAUAAUGUUGGCUCAGCUCAGGUGGUAUGCCGAGGAAUAUAGACAGGUCAGUAAGUCUGAGGAGUUGUCUAAGAAAAGCUCCUUGAAAUGCUUGAACCCUUUCAUGGAUCAGAACAAUGUGUUACGUGUGAACGGUCGACUCGCCUCUUGUUCCCUGCCGUACAAUGAAAAAUUCCCUAUCAUUCUUCCUGGGAAAUCACGUUUUUGUCAAUUAUAUCUACUCUAUUUGCACUCUAUUCUUGUCCACGGCGAAUGUAUAUUGAUGUGUCGAAUGGUGCAAACAGAAUUCUACAUCUCACGUCUCAAACCUAGGGUUAAAAGUAUAAUUCGCAAAUGCAAGACGUGCAUUAUUUUCAGGAAAAAACCCUGUGUUCAAAUUAUGGCUCCACUGCCUCCGGAGAGAUGCGCAUUAACUCCUCCCUUUCAUGUCACUGGCAUAGAUUUUGCCGGGCCUUUUGAGCUUAAAAGUUCAACUCUACGGCGGUCUCCUCUCUUAAAGGGCUAUGUCAGCAUAUUUGUAUGUUUCGCCACAAAGGCCAUACAUUUAGAACCUUGCUCAGAGCUUUCCUCGCUGGCCUUUGAGGCGGCCUUUUUCAGAUUUUUGGGGAGGCGAGGACUACCUCGCAAGGUAGUAUCUGACAAUGGAAGGAACUUCAUUGGUGCAAGUCGGAGGAUGCUCAGGGAAUUCAGGAGCUUUAUUCAAGUCACAGCUGUAGAUAUCUCGGAGAAAUAUUCGACACAGGGGUUUGAAUGGCAAUUUAUACCCCCCCAUGCUCCACAUAUGGGGGGACUCUGGGAAUCGGCAGUUAAGAGCUUCAAACACCAUUUUAGGAGGAUAGCAGGGGCCCACUUGUUCACAUUCGAACAAUUUGCUACAGUUCUGGCUCGUAUUGAGGGAGUUUUGAAUUCACGCCCUAUCUCCGCUGUGUCAGAAGAUCCGAAUGAUCUCACAGCCUUGACUCCAGUACAUGAUGCCUUCAUACCUUUCCCAGUGCAUUUCGAAUGGAUUGAUCGUCAAUCAAUGUAUCUUCGGGCAUCAUUUGCAGCUUGGCGACAUGACAGAUGUAUCGUGUCACACAAAUCACACUUUAUUGUUGCACGCGUAUCGGUGCGAGUCGGUUAG